AACAUAUAUAUAUAUAUAUACAUAUACGAUAUAGAGCGCUCAAAGCACACCACACACAACUCACACAGUACACACUAUGCUCACAACACACCGCUCUCUCUCACAUAUAACAGCAGCCAGAGCAAGCACACACAGCGAGAGAGCGCGAAACAUUUGACUGACGUGAUUCUCGGACUUUGUAUGUACCGUCUCGUUGAGGCAUUCAGUCAUCAACUGAUACUACUCGAAUCAAAUUGAUUGCACUGCUCGAAAUAACUGAACGCCAGUGUAUUAUUGUUGCGCGCUGUUCACAAACUCUAUGUUUUCGCUACGCCACGGUACGGAAAGGCAACAGUUUUUUUUUUCUCGCAGUGGUCUUCAUAUUAAUUGCGAAUUCGCACACAAUCUAUUCGACGGAAAAUAACAUUCGAAAUAAAACAAAGUAACAACAUUUCAAAUUUAAAAAAAAAAUAAAUAAAAUUGAAGAAAAAAUCAGAAAAAAAAAACACAUUUAUGCAGUACAUCUGAACAACGAAGAAGAAGAAGAGAAAAAUAUACGAACGAUCCACACGAUAAAUGCAUUAAAAAUAAAAACAUUGUCGUCGCCGUCGUGGUCGUCAAGCGACACAUUUUCACGCGCCGUGUUUUUGAUUCGGUUCACAAACAGUGUGCACUUUGCAGUUUUUGAAAGAAAAUUUCAUUUGACUCUUUUUUUGAUUUGGUUUUUCAAUUUUAAAUUAUUUGUUACUGUUAACAUUUGUGCACACAUAACGCGAUCUGCAACAGCAACAUCGACAGCUACAUCAACACCAAGCAAAACGAAACUGCACAAACAACAGCGGUUACGCGGCGGUAGUGAUUUCGCGCAGUCAGAAUUAACGGACAACGAAGAGCAGUCAACAAGAGAGUUCGUCGCAUCAAAGAACGUAUGCUAUACGUUCUUUGCAACCAAUUUUUUUUAACUACUUUAACUUCUAAUUCUUUCCUCUCACCAAAUUGACAAAUCAAACGGCGGAUUUUCGGACUAUUGAAACGGAACGUAGAAAGAGGGAGAGAGAGAGAGAGAAUAGACGGAAGAAACCAGUUGAAACGCAUAUAAACAUAUAUCUUUUUGAAAUCAUAUAAGUUAAGUCGUCGUCUGAAUGCCAUCGGAAGACAGUUGGAACGACAUCAGAGACAUGUCGGACUCAGAAAUGAUGGAUUCGAAGAACGAUAUAUGCGGCACAUCGAAUUCCAAUUCAGCAUCCACAUCAUCACGAACGCCACCGAAUUGUGCACGAUGUCGAAAUCAUGGCGAUAAAGUUGAAUUAAAAGGCCAUAAACGAUACUGCAAAUACCGUUACUGUAAUUGUGACAAGUGCAAUUUGACGGCCGAACGACAACGUGUUAUGGCAUUACAAACGGCCUUGCGCCGUGCCCAGGCCCAAGAUGAAGCGCGUGCACUUCAGAUCGGUUUUGAAUCUGAUCCAAAAGUUCGGACAACGGCAGCACAACCCCUUCCGACCGCUUUAAGCGUUCAAUAUGCGUUCAGUAAUUUGAGCAAGUCAAGCAAAAAAGAUGACACACAUUUCCAACAAUCGCCACCGCCACCUCCACAGAAUUCAGCGGUGUCUGUGGCUGCUGCUGCUGCAGCAGCGGCGGCCGCCGCCGCAGCCAAUCGAUCUCUGGAAGAGCAAUGUGACUCCUCAUCGGCCACCACAACAUCAUCGGCUGGUAUUGUCGUACCGAUUCCGAUGCAGCGAGCCAAAAUUGGCUCGUUACAUCCACCCGUCAGCAGUCAUACGGUUCCACCUACCGUCGACAAUGCGGACAUGCUUUUAGAAAAAAGUCAAAAGAUGAUCGAGAGAUUUAACUAUCCAUGGGAAAUGAUGCCAUUAUUGUAUGUUAUCCUAAAAUAUGCGAACGGUGAUCUCGAAGAGGCAACAAAUCAGCUAAGCGAAGCUCGAAACACGGUCCAUCGAUCGGCAUAUCAUAAAUUGCUUCUAGAUAGUUACAUGCGAAUGAUUUCGAACGAUGCACCAACAUACAUCGGUUCCAGUCCGUCACCGUUAAUCAUGUCAAAUCAAUUUGAUUUCAUUUCGGAUCGUCGUUGCCGUUCAAAGUCGCCACCACCACGUUUGCCAUCGUCACUCACAUUUGGAAAGCUAGAUUAUUUGUACAAUGGUGCUGCCCACAACUUGCAGUAUGCGAAAAAAUUGCGAAAUCGCUGUGAUCAAAUGUCAACGUAGCCGAGCUAUUUGUGAGAAAGAAACAACCGUUUUCAAUGUUAAAUAAAUUUUUUGACGUAUUCGAACGUGUAUUUUGCCGAGGCUCCAGCCAACUUCCAUGGUUUCGUUGAAUUAAAAUAAAACAACAACAACAAAAACUAAGAACACAAAAUAUAUGUUUCAUAUUUCAUUGUACAAAAAAAGAACCUGGGAAAAAGAAAAGAUUGUUUAAACUAAACAAAAUAAAGUGAAACAACUAUCAUGUCAUAUUAAACCGAUAGCAAAUAAUCGAAACAUGUAAUUAAAAAGAAGGCUAAACCCGUUAAUUGUAUACAGCCACGACAAUGUGUAACGCAUAACAAUUUAAUAUCAAUAAUCUGGCUUUUCUUGUAGUAUUUAAUGAUACUCUUCGCUAUUCAACGCCACUCUUAACCCAUGUAAUUAUUAUUAUACUAGGGGAAUUUCGCUAACGUUUUCUGUUUUUAUUUUCAACUCAAAAAUAAACAGUAAUUACGAACCAACCAAUAAUUGGGGAUGAUUUUAAUGAAAACAAGAGAAAAAAUACAAUUUAAAAUCUAAUAUUUAAAUAACAGAAAAAAAAACGAUUAGCGAUAUUCCUCUUGUUACCCUGUUUUUUCCAACAAAGGGUUAUUGAUUGUUUCUUUUUGUUUUCCCUUGGCAUGCUUUUUAACUAAAAUUGUUUAGUGGAUGAGAUAAUUGGACGGAAUGCAAUCUAUGUGCAUCACAUAGUAUAUGCUUCGAUUGAAUCGACUUGAGUGCGUUAAACAAAAAAAAAACAUAUAAUCGUAAAGUUAGGCUCUACAGUCAUAUAAAUGAAACGAAAUGGAAGAUAUAGAAAUGAAAACCAAUGAAACCGGGUGCAUAUACAGAAACAGCAACAACAAAAAUGUUCAAAAUCAACGGAGUUAAGGGAACAACAAGUGAUCUCGUUCAACGUGAGAUUCAAGUAUUGUCUCUUUCUUUUAAGAAAAAAAAAACUGGUGCUCCUCGUAUACACUUUGUAUUCAUAUUUUUGGCUCUUACAUGUACGUCCAUAGAAAACAACCGAAAAUUUCUUUCUAAUAAAACCAGAAAAAAAACAACAAUUCAUAUAUUUAUUGAACAAACAAACAAAAAUCUAAACAGAAAAAAUAUUAAAACAAUUUGUAACAACUAAGUGACAGGAUUCAGUGAAGAAGAAAAAAAUACACACAAUUUUAUCAUAGCCAAAUAUAUCCUAAAUAUGUAAACAUAGAAUAAAUUGUAGAAUGUUUUGUCUCAUAAACAGAAGAACGGAAAGCAAAUAGAAAAACGAAAAUAUUUUGCACAAAAUCCAUCAUUACAGCACUAAAAACACAAACACACGGAUUUGAAUAAAAAAAAAAGAUUAGAGUGAAAAAUUCCAGUUUAAGAUGCGAAUUUUCAUCGUUGCUUCAUGUCGACUGACUUUUUGAAACGACAGUCUUUCCAUUGAAAUAUCAAUCGAAUCGUGAUUGAAAUACAUUUUGAGCAAAAGAAGCUCAAAUGGAUGUCUACCAAUUUAAAAUCGAAAAUAAAAACAAACGAGUGAACGAAUUGAAUUUAGUCUUGAGAAAAGCUUGAAUAUAUAUACUGUUGCAACGUAGAAUGUUCAACAGUAACAAUCAAGUAUACAUACGGGAACAGGCACAAACAAAUGCAGACACACAACGAAAUCUAUGAAUUGAACAAACCCGAAUGGUUCAACAAUAUUUGAAUACAUUCACUAUCAAUAAACUACGAACAAAUAAAAUUCAACAGCACAUUUAAACUCUUUUGAUCUUUACGUGGAUAAACCAAUUUAACAUAUGACAAUUGUAUGAGGCAGCCAUUUUGCUUCUUUAUUUCGAUGUUAUUUAUGUCUAUAGAAAUGGUACAUUUUUUCUAACCGAAAGAAAAAACAAAACGAACGUAUUCGAUCGAUUCAGAUUGUACAUAGGUGAACCAUUUCAACCGGAUUUCAAUUGAAGUCCAUUCAAAUUCAGAUUAAAAAGCAAAUAAAAGAAGUCAACAAGGAAAGAAUUAAAUUUCAGGAUGAAAGGAUGACUUAAAGCGUUUCAAUUCACACAAUUUCAAACAUUUGAAACAAAAUUACUUCUAAUGGAAUGAUCGAUCCAUUUUGACCGAACGGCGAGGCGAAUCCAAUUGGUGAAAGCAUUAAAUGUUCUAAAUGUUAAAUCUAAUCACAAGGACGACAAAAAAAAUACUCAUGAAAAAAAAAAUAUCGGCAUUGAAGCAAAGAAAAAACUAUUUCUAAAACAAAUUCAGCAAAUGCAUUUUUAAAUUGGGUCGUUAAUUUUUUUUUUCUUCUCUCUUAUUUUGGAACAAUACACACAAGUGAUAUUUCAAUCAUGAUUCCAAAAUUCAUUGAAAUUCUGUUUUUUUCUUCUAAAAUUAAUAAUAUACGAAUACCAAAAAUUUACUACUAGUGUACGUGGAUACGUAAAAACACACUCUGCUAAUCAUUUUUUUUUAAAGAGCGGAGGCUAAAUUAAUCGGCGAAUAUUUAGAAACGAUUGGAAAAAAACGACAAAUUAAUCGGCAAACAAAAUUUUUGAUAAAAAUAAAUAUAUAUUUUUGAUAAUCAUUUUAUUUAUGUUACUUAAUCGGACAAAUGAGACAAUAUUUUGUUUUUGGCUUUUGUCGCAAAAAAUUUUCUUCUUCCCUUCGACGUGUCUUAUUUUUAAUACGAAACUAAACAAAAAAAAUCGAUUUAAAUUGGAACAAUUAGAAAAAUAAAAUCGAAAUUCUAAGCGAUAAUUUUGACAAUGAAACGAUCUGCUAUUUUAAAGAGAAACCUAAAUUAUUGUGAUUUUGUGCUAGAAUUUAAUAAAACGAAAUUUGAAAUUUGGGACACCAACGAAAUUAUGCAUAGUUAUUAAGAAAUUUUAACGACACAAAAGAGUCAAAUUUUCAUUUUUUUGUAGAGAAUAGGAAUGUUACAUCUGUUUUCUGUCUUAUUUAUUCAAUUCAGAAGCAAACGGAUUAAAUGUGUCUAGCCGGUCUGAAUUUCGAGUUUUUUUUUUCUUCAUUAAACGAAAUUCGUAAUUGAAUUAAAUAAGAUUUAAACGGAUGAAACGCUGAAUAUGAAAAUGAUUACAUUUGAAUUUACGAACGAAGAUAACAUAGAGCAAAUGCAUUUGUCAACCAUAUUUUCAAAACAAACAAAAAUCAAUUUGAAGUAAUCCCGUGUACGAAUCUCUGAACAAACAUUUUACCAGCUAUUCUUGUUGUAUAGCAAAAUAUAGGCUUUCUUCAAAAGGCGUCGCAAAAAUGCAUUUUCAUUUAUGCAUCAAUAUUUUCAAUAAACCGGUUUGAAACACAGAGAUACAAGUUGCACCGAAAGAGAAAACAAAAACGCAUCUAAAUAAAACACAGCAUAGGAAAAUGAAUAAUCAUUUUGACAUUCUGAUCAAAUGUCUGAUUCAAGAAGGUUGUAAAGGAUUACACAUAGUGUAGAAAUGAUCGAAUGCUAAAUUUUCUCGAUGUUUGUCUUUAAAUGGGAAUUGCGUUCAAUGGUGCUAAUAAUAUAAAAUCAAUCAUAAACCGUAAUGAAUACGCUAAAGCGAUUCGACAUACAGGUUCGGAUAAAAUCCUUGCCAAACAUUGAACUCAAAUCCUCUAUUUUAUUUGUUUAUCGGUGCAUCAUCAUCAACAACUGCAGCAACAAUAACGACGGAAAAAUAAAAAGAAAGGAGGAAAUAUGAACGAAGCAAAUAAGCCAAUGGUCACAUCUAAUUAAUAAUAAAUGUACUUCGGCAUACCUUUAAAAUAAAGUCAAUGUAUCUAGAUUUAUUCAAAUAUCAAGAGACACACAAAUAAUUCAAAACAUAUAUACACACACACAAACACACACCCACAACACAAACACACACUUAAGAUUAAAGGUACUACCAAAAAAAUUAAAUCAACGAAUUUACUAGCUAUUUAUGUGGAAUAUAAAUUGUAGUUAAUUUAGCAUUAUACACAAUAGAAACAACAAAUACAUUUUUUUAUGCAUGUACAAGUUGUACGAAUGUUAUAUUUUAAGUGAAUUUACUUGUAUUUCAGGCUUGAGCAAAUCUGAUACAGAAAAUGAAUCAUUUGCAACGUCAACAACAACAACAACAACAACAAAAUACUGAAGCAAACACAGAUAUUCACAUGCAUUUCUCAUUCAAAUGUAUGUUUCCUUGGAUUGCUCCGAACUUUGUUGAAAAAAAAUAUAAUGAGAGAGAGACAGAAUAAAAGAAAAACACAUACACAAACAAACAAAUAAUUAUCCAGUCUGAAUAAUGUAAAUAAUUCUCUAAUUUUAAUACAAAUAAAAUCAUUGAACGAAUUUGUAGGAUGAUUAUCAAUUGGAUGAAGAAUUGAUUUUCGAGAUAUAAGAUAAUUACUAUUAAGUUGUGCUGAUUUGAUUUAUAAUCAAACCGAAUUGGAUAACCGAAACUGUUGAAUAAGAACACGGUUAAAACAAAAAAACCAAUUUACAUUAUGAAUGAAAUGCGAAGAUUCGAUGCUGAAAACAACACAAAAAGAUCCAGUCCUCAAUAAGAGGCUCAUUUGACUUUGAUGAGACUUGAGAUUUUUUAUUCGAUUCGUUUUGUUCAUUUCAAUAAGAUUUCGAUGCACAAAACCAUUCAUUCAUAUGGAAAAGCAAAAUAUCGAUCCAGUUUAUGAGUGAAAUUCCGUUUUAAUUUCUUUUUAUUUUCUGGUGGAAUAAAUUUGGACUCCUUCAACUCAAACAAAACGAAGAGAAGAUAAAAAAAAAUAUCCAAUUAAGUAAGUUAAAUGAGUAAUAACGAGCGAUAAAUAAAUGAUAGUUCACCGCCCAGAUUGAAACCAUUGACAGAAAAUGGAUUCACACCAAUAGAAAUCAACGAAUUUAUUAGAUCUUCAUGUAAAUUAAAAAAAAAAAUAAACAACCAGACUAAACAGACACCUGCAUUAUUAUUCGCAUUGAACUAACUCUAAUUCUCUAAUACAAAUUUGAUGUUUAUUCAAAACAAAACCCCCCCCACACACACACAUACACACAUACACACGAGAACAAAAAAAUAAUUAAAAUAUUUCAUACAACUUUGACGUCAAUGUAUUUAAAUAAAAUAAUAACAAUUUAUUGUGAAAAGUAGCUCUUUAAUUGAUAUAUUUCGAAUUGUAAUUAACUUCAGUACCUUAAAUGUUUCAGAAGUUCCGAAUAAAAAUAAUUACGAUUUUCUGCUUUUUGUGACAAA